AUGGGAGGCCUAUCGGCAGAUGCAGCUCCAGUUGGGCGUCUGGCGGGAAAAGUUGCAAUCAUUACUGGAGCCGCCUCGGGAUUUGGACUUGCUACUGUCCAUAAGUACAUUCAAGAAGGUGCAAAGGUGGUUGCUGUAGACCUCAAUGAACAAGGUCUAGUGCAUCAGUUCCACGACUUGUCAUCAAGCAAAGGAGCCAACAUUGUCACUCGAGUUGGCAAUGUGACCUCCGCUGCAGAUUGGGCUGCCCUCACGAAGGCUACUGUUGAGCAUUUUGGCCAGCUCGACAUUCUCGUCAACAACGCCGGAACGAACCAUCCGAACAAGCGAACGGAGGAUCUGACUGAAGCCGAAUUCGACAGCACUUUCAAUGUCAACGUGAAAAGCAUCUACCUCGCCGUAAAUGCGGCUCUCCCUUACCUUCGUCAGCGGGGCGGAGGCUUGAUCCUCAACGUAUCUAGUGUUUCGGCAGGAAAACCUCGCCCUGGACUGGUGUGGUACGCUGCAAGCAAAGCAGCUGUCAAUAAUGUCACAAAAGGUCUUGCAGCAGACUAUGGUAAAGAAAACAUCAGAAUCAACGCCGUGUGCCCUCUCCUGUCCGGCACCGGCCUUUUCGAGGCAUUUACGGGACUGCCACCGACUGAAGAGAACAUGAGCCGAUUCCUCAGCAACAUUCCGCUCGGGAGGCUCACGGCGACCCAAGAUGUAGCAAACGCCCUUGCAUUUCUAGGAAGCGAUGAGGCUGCCUUCAUAACAGCCGAAACGAUCAAAGUCGAUGGUGGUAGAGCAGUUGGGUAA